GGUGUGCCUUAUAGUCGAGUCCCACGACACCCACUAUUCAGUCAGCUUCUGCUCGAGUUUCUACUUGUUGCAAACGAAGUUGUAUUUCCCAAGUCAUGUAUUUAACCUUUCUUCGAGUCUAUUUUGUAGUUAUGUCUUUUGGUUGAGAUGUCGUCAAGAGAGAGUAGGCCUAUAUUUACUUUAAUACUGGGUCUUCAUUUGUGGCAUUUUGCCGCCGGUUCGUGCGAUUGGUCUGGAAGCGAUCUGACCCGAGAUAACGACUCCAGAACCGUGCUUCAAGUUCGGUUGCGCUGCACCGAGGGCUCCGUGGCUUGGGUUUACCCGGGCCAGGCCCUAAGGGUGGUUCUGGAGCCCAACCUAUCCUACGCCAACCACACCACCGUCUGCAUCAAACCCUUUCGGGGUUUUCGCCAAGCAAGCGUGUACGUCGAGCGUGCCGGAGUUCUGGAGCUGCUGAUCACGGACGCAGGACGCCCGGAGCAGGUGUUCUGUUAUCGGGCAGAUGGAUCGCAGCAACCCGCCAUAUACAUCCAGGUCCAUCCGCAGAGGAACCUCAGGCGACGCACGGAAGGCUUCAGAUACGAGCUGAUCUGGAAUAAGAAUAUGUCUCCGAUCCUAAGCCAGAAUGCGAAGCAAAACUCAUGCCAGCCUUGCAAUGACACAGAGCUCUUAAUGGCCAUCUGCAACGGUGACUUUGUAAUUCGGGGCUUCAUCAAAAGUGUGUCCCAUGACCCGGAGCGGCAGACGUCAUCGGUGGAGGUGUCGGGGGGAAGAGUCUACAGGCAGCGUAGUGGCGUCUUUAUUCAGGAAGCGGUCGCCGCCACCGUCGUGGGGGGAUCCACAGCCCCUGGCGCCACCUGGUGUGGGCGGGUCCGCGUGCCACUGCAGUGCCAUGUGAAGACGGGUGCUGGAGAGUUCUUGUUCACGGGAUCGGAACACUUCGGGGAAGCCUGGUUGGGCUGUGCACCGCGGUACAACGACUUCCUGUCCCUGUAUCGGGCGGCCUGGGAGGCACGGCGACAUUUCUGUGACUUCCCGUUGGACUGAGUUUGGUUGUUAAGGUGGUUGUCUGCAUCUGGGCGCUUUAGUUUCUGUUUAAGUCGAAACAAUCAACCAGUAUUUACUGGUUAAGGCGUUCAAAUGGA